ACACUGAUGCAAGGAUUGUGACAUGCUAUCAAAACACCAAGGACAUAGACACUCAAGAGUAAGAGUACAGGACUUUUGAAACCAUUCUCCAUGUUCCAUGAACCUCCUGAAUGACAGAUAAACAAGUGUAUGUUUUCUUUCCCCCAGUUCCUUCUCUCCGAAGCUUAACAGAUGACAGAGGUCAAGCCUGAAGAUUCCUUUGGGAACGAUAUACCCCGGGGCCUCCCCCACAUCGCAGCACCCAACCCCCGUGUCUCCAGAGUCCACCGGCUGCUCGUAUUGUCUUAAAUGACUUCACACCCCUGGUAUCUGGUCCUGGGCCAAGAUGGGCCAAGUCAGUCCUUAUCCAGAAUUUUUUGAACUGAAAUUGAGAAAGAAAAUCCCUCUUCACUGUGGAAGCCAUAAAAUGUAAAACACAGGAGCUGUCAGCAGCCAUGUGUCCUGCCAUGUGGAAUCAGCUGAUCUGCAAUGAAAAAGAAGCCAACAUGCAGAAAGCAACAGAGAACCAUGUGUGCUGAGUACUGCAUCUCCUUUGCUGAUGUUGAAAAAGCUCAUGUCAACAUUCGAGAUUUUAUCCACCUCACACCAGUGCUGACAAGCUCCAUUCUCAAUCAAGUAACAGGGCGUAAUCUUUUCUUCAAAUGUGAACUCUUCCAGAAAACUGGAUCUUUUAAGAUUCGUGGUGCUCUUAAUGCCAUCAGAGGCCUGAUUCCUGCCACUUUGGAAGGGAAGCCCAAAGCUGUUGUUACUCACAGCAGUGGAAACCAUGGCCAGGCCCUCACCUACGCUGCCAGAUUGGAAGGAAUUCCUGCUUAUAUUGUGGUGCCCCAGACAGCUCCCAACUGCAAAAAACUGGCAAUACAAGCCUAUGGAGCCUCUAUAAUAUAUAGUGAACAGAGUGACGAGUCCAGAGAAAAUGUUACAAAAAGAAUUAUGGAAGAAACAGAAGGCAUCAUGGUCCAUCCAAACCAGGAACCUGCAGUGAUAGCGGGACAAGGGACAAUUGCCCUGGAAGUGCUGAACCAGGUUCCCUUGUUGGAUGCACUGGUGGUACCUGUGGGAGGAGGAGGAAUGGUUGCUGGAAUAGCAAUUACAGUAAAGGCUUUGAGACCUAGUGUGAAGGUAUAUGCUGCCGAACCCUUGAACGCAGAUGACUGCUACCAGUCCAAACUGAAAGGGGAACUGACCCCCAAUCCUUCUCCUCCUGAAACCAUAGCAGAUGGUGUCAAAUCCAGCAUUGGAUUAAAUACCUGGCCUAUUAUAAGGGACCUGGUGGACGAUGUCUUCACCGUCACAGAGGAAGAAAUUAAGUAUGCAACCCAGCUGGUGUGGGAGAGGAUGAAGCUACUCAUCGAACCUACAGCUGGUGUUGGAGUGGCUGCUGUGCUGUCUCAGCAUUUCCAAACAGUUCCCCCAGAUGUCAAGAACAUUUGUGUUGUGCUCAGUGGUGGGAAUGUAGACUUAACCUCCUUAACUUGGUUGAAGCAGGGAGGAUGGCCAACUCUUUAUUAACCUGUUAAUGUUUAAUUUAUGUAAAUGGGAUGGGAUCCAGUGUCUCUAGAUGGAAAUUUUUCCACUGUCAACUUUGUCUUCCCCACUUAAAAAGUUUUCAAAAAA